AGAUACAGACUUACUUUUGCAUGUCAAGCAACGCAGCCUUCAAGCACACCAUGGCUAAACAUUUCUCAGUGGAAUGGCUGUCUCAAAGCUUUUAUUCACCUAUAAGUUACCCGGACACCUCUGACUUCGAUUGCACGAUUCAUAGCAAAAACGACAACGACACCUGCGGUGCAAUUGAUAGAAGACAUAAGACAUCAAACACGGAUCUGUCUAUUGUGCCAGAUAUGAUUGACUUGAUGCACACGGACACCGAUAACGGCAAGGAAGCUACUGCACUCCCAGCCUCUCCUUCAAGUAGGUAUCCCUGCAUUCUUCAUGAAAGCUCGAUAGUUUGAUAUUUUAAUUUGACAGUCAUUGCAGGAUUUCUAAUGGUCAUUGUCUCACCCAGAUGUUUUUUUUUUUUAUUCAGACAGUUGUGGCUACACAUCAAGUUCUGAGAGCGAGGUCGGAGACCACGGUGAGGGGGAAUCCGGUUCGAACCGCAGGAUGAGAACCAAGUUCACCUCAGACCAGAUAUUCAGACUGGAAAAAACAUUCAACAAGCACAAAUACCUGGGUGCGACCCAAAGACGCAAAAUCGCGGAGAAACUGCAACUCUCUGAAACUCAGGUGAAAACAUGGUUCCAGAACAGACGGAUGAAACUCAAGCGUGACGUUCAGGACAUGCGCGCAGAAUAUCUUGCCCCAAGCCUUUUGCCAUCCCUGCUGUUUCCGACGGCCGCUACAUUUCAGCACCGCGGGUUUAGUGGACAGCUCCUCGCCUUCCCCUCCACUGCGCCCCACGUCUACCCGCAUUCCAUGCAAAGUGUCCCCGCUCGACAGUUGCAACCUCAGCCUCCAGUUGUCCGCCCAAUGAUGCUUGCUUCAUGUUACUACUGAGUUCAUGCCGCUUGCUGUCGAACUGUCAAACCUCUGUGCGUUAUCAUUUUGAAACCUAGAAUAUCUCCAGCUCUGUUGAGCAAAGGCCUUAGGACGGAGUCC